AUGUCUUCUGAAAAGCUCAAUGUCAUUGCUCUUAUAUCGGGGGGCAAAGAUAGCUUUUUCAGCUUGAUCCACUGUAUCGAGCACGGCCAUCAGAUCGUGGCUCUUGCCAACCUGUUCCCAGGACCAGCACCAGACUCAAGUUCUGCCAUUUCAGGCGGACAAUCACCGUUCCGUCGGGAAGACGCCACCAAGGCUGGACCAGAGACCAAUCUCCAGGCACCUUUGGAUCUCUCAUCUCCCGUGGGCUUCCAGCACAUCGAUCCGGGUACCUGGGCACCCCAGCCGCCUGAUCCUGCCACAGGGGAUUAUGACGGGCUUCGGGAAGCCCAGGGCUCCGGGGAAUCUUCCGACACGGACCUCAAUAGUUUCAUGUACCAAACAGUCGGGCACGAAGUCCUCCCCCUGUAUGCCGAUGCAACUGGCCUACCGUUAUAUCGGCUACCCAUCACUGGGCGUGCGGUUCGCCAUGAGAGGGACUACGAUGCCACGGCUAAUGCCCAGGACAGCGACGAGACGGAGUCCAUGCUUCCCUUGUUACAGUCCAUCAUCGCCCGCCAUCCAGAGGCUAAUGCUGUAUGCGCCGGUGCCAUCCUCUCCACCUACCAGCGCACCCGUGUUGAGUCAAUAGCACUGCGCCUAGGUCUUGUGCCCCUGGCCUACUUAUGGCAGUAUCCAGUCUUACCACCCCCAUCCGCAGCCAUCUCAGCCGAUACCCAGUUGUUGAUCGAUAUGGCCAAUGUUGGACUAGAGGCACGGAUCAUCAAAGUUGCCAGUGCUGGACUAGACGAGAACCAUCUCUGGGAACGUGUGUCAAGCGAAGCAGGCUCGAGUCGUGUCAAAAAUGCAUUAAGCAAGUUUGGCUCUGCUCAAGGUGCGGCAGCCCUGGGAGAAGGUGGUGAAUUCGAGACAAUCGUCCUGGAUGGCCCAUCGUCCGUGUUCAAGAAGAGAAUUGUUGUCCCGGAACAGGGGCGUAGGAUAGUGCGUGAAGGAGGUGAUUGCUCAUGGCUAAUGUUGGGUGAUGCACGGUUAGAAGACAAGCGUGAUGCUGCAGCCAAACCAGCUGCUCGGAUCCCCAGUCUCCUCGAUCCUCACUUCAAGUCUGUAUUUGACGACCUGCCACAACCUAUGAACGAGUUCAAAGUCGCAAAGGCUUCUGCUAUUUCAAGGAGUUUGACGUCACUACCCCAAGAUGCAGGAGCCUUCACUACUGAUAGCGAGGUUCUGCGUUGGUCCGUACUUCCAGACCUGGGGACGGGUGAAAUGUCGAUACAAGAUGAAACCAUCCAGGUCAUAGAGAAGAUCAGAGAUUUGGCGUCAGGGGCCGGUGUUCAACUCUCUCAGAUCACAAGUACCAUCGUCAUCUUAAGGCGCAUGUCGGACUUUCCUAAGGUUAAUGGCGAGUACGGCAAGAUAUUCACCAAGCCAAACCCACCGUCACGAGUGACCAUUUCGUGUGGCGACCUCCUGCCGGCUGGUGUGAAUAUUGCCAUCUCCUUAGCUGCUCCUACACCUAGAGCGACACAGGACCGCAAUGGUCUCCAUGUCCAGUCCAGGUCAUACUGGGCACCUGCAAACAUUGGCCCCUACAGUCAGGCGAUAGACGUGCCCGUGACAGCUCAUGACCAGCGUACAGGUCUUCGGUGCAUCUCCAUUGCCGGUCAAAUCCCCUUGAUUCCGGCAACAAUGGUCCUCCCUUCCACGUCUGAGAAGUCACGCGAGCUUCAAAUUGUUCUAUCUCUGCAACAUUUGUGGCGAGUUGGUCAGGAGAUGAAAAUUCAGUGGUGGACAAGCUCAGUUGCUUACUUCCCCCGUGCCAACUCGUCUGGAAUCCAGCGCAGCGCCCAGCUGGCAGGGUAUGCUUGGAAGCAAGCACACGGAUCCCCGGAUGAGGAGGUGGACGGUGAUAACGGCCCUGAUCUUUGGGACUUGAAAUACAACCCUGCUUACAUGUCGCUUUGUAACGAUGACAAGACAGCCCGAAAACCCCUUCCGGACUGGGAGGCACUGACUCUCCGUCAACAGAAUGAGCCUGAGACAUGUAUCCCGCCUAUGUUUGCUGCUGAAGUGGAAGAGCUGCCACGGCAGGCUGCUGUGGAGUGGCACGCUCACAAUGGCCUUUCAAAAAUGGAAGAGGCGAGUUUUUCGAUGUGUUCCUUGCCUGAGCUCACGCUUCCAGGCUGGAAAGCGUGGCAUUCAGUCGUCACGACCACAAGUGCUACUGUAAUCUACAGUACAGCAGCAUAUUAUUAUGCUGAUAGGCCUCAUUCUGCUUCCCUGGAAAUUCUGAAGAUCGAUAUGUGCAAAAUCAUGCAGGAAUCACUUCAUCAACUCCACCCUCAUGGGCCAGAAACGGUACAAACCAAAUUGACUUUGGUGUAUGCAGAUGCGACUCAAAUUGUUUCCAUAUGGAACAACCUUGAAGAUACAUGCGAAGUGGCACUUAUCCCGUGCCGGUCGAUCUGGUCGUCUGAUGGACAAAGUGUUGCUAUUGUUGGCUUGUUUGAAACGACCUUCAUACGAGGACCAUGA